CCACUGGUUCUUUCUUUGUGGAUGUAUUAUUAAACUAUUUACUAUUUGCCAAUUAAAGGUAUUUUGGUUUAGCUAUCUAUCUAGUGUUCAGUCUCUGGUAUCAGUUUCAUUGUUAGUCGAUUUCCAAGGGAGGUGGUGUUGCAAUAAYUCAUGUGAGUAAGGGGCGGAAGUUGGAUAUAAUUUCAACAUGGCUGCGRCGCGAUGAUUAAGAGUACCUAGUUGCGCCUCACAAAAACAGCGGUAUACCUUCGUCCGACCAGUUUUUCAGAAAUGUUGACGCUAGUGUGUUUAAGCUAAUGCCAUAAAUCCCAAGAGCAGAUCUGACAUCAACACAGGACCCGAGACAGAUAUAAAUUCGCGAAGACGCAUCAAUCCCGACUCAUCACUGCGUUCACCAGCAGCUGUGAUGUCUCUAGCCGACCCCACCUCGGACACCACYCCCUUCUUCUCUGAUGACAGCGAGGCAGAGGGUUCAGAAGAGCCUGGUGCAGGGCCUAGCCAGCGCCGGGAAGAGGAAGAGCCAGCCAGCGGAGUGUCCAGCAUGAGAGCUGUGUUCACCGUUAUUGUCCUGUGUUUCAUCAACCUGCUCAACUACAUGGACAGGUUCACUGUGGCUGGUGUUCUGCCUGACAUUGAGCAGUACUUUGGGAUCAAUGAUGGGAAGUCAGGGCUGCUCCAAACAGUCUUCAUCUGCAGCUACAUGUUCCUGGCUCCUGUCUUUGGUUACCUGGGCGACAGGUACAACAGGAAGAUAAUCAUGAGUGUGGGCAUAGGCUUCUGGUCCAUCGUGACACUCGCCAGCUCCUACACGCCCAAAGAAUAUUUCUGGCUCCUGUUGUUGACGCGUGGCCUGGUGGGGGUCGGGGAGGCCAGUUACUCCACUAUCGCCCCAACCAUCAUCGCUGACCUGUACAUCAAGGAGAGGAGGACGCAGAUGCUCUCUGUCUUCUACUUCGCCAUUCCAGUGGGCAGUGGUCUGGGCUACAUCGUGGGGUCAAAGGUUGAUGACUUGGCAGGGGACUGGCAUUGGGCCCUGCGGGUGACUCCUGCAUUAGGACUGGUAGCGGUGGUGUUGCUGCUGUUCGUGGUGAAAGAGCCAAAGAGGGGUGCUAUCGAGGCCCGACCGGAGCACACUCUCCAAAGGACCAGCUGGCUGGGUGACAUGAAGGCUCUUUGCAGGAACCCCAGUUUUGUGCUGUCUACGUUUGGCUUCACGGCAGUGGCCUUUGUGACUGGCUCCUUGGCACUCUGGGCACCGGCCUUCCUUUUCAGAGCUGCUGUCUUCACCGAAGGGAGGCCCCCCUGCGUUAAGGGGCCAUGCGACACCUCCGACAGCCUGUACUUUGGCAUCAUCACAGUUGUGUCGGGGAUCCUGGGCGUGGCCAGUGGUGCAGAGGUCAGUAGGAGACUGAGGUUGAGGACGCCGAGGGCUGACCCCCUGGUGUGUGCUCUAGGACUCCUCCUCUCAGCUCCCUUCCUCUACCUCGCCAUCGUCUUCGCUCAGGCCAGCCCCAUCGCCACAUACGUGUUUAUCUUCCUGGGAGAGACCUUCCUGUCUAUGAACUGGGCCAUCGUAGCUGACAUCCUGCUGUACGUGGUUGUCCCCACGCGUCGCUCCACGGCUGAGGCCUUCCAGAUCGUUCUCUCUCACCUGCUUGGAGAUGCUGGGAGUCCUUAUCUCAUAGGCGUGGUGUCAGACUCUCUGAAGCAGACUGACUCGUACCUAUGGCAGUUCCGCUCCCUGCAGCUCUCUCUCCUCACCUGCUCUUUUGUGGCAGUUGGGGGCGGGGCUUUCUUCCUGGCUACCGCCCUCUUCAUCGAGAAGGACCGCCAACGUGCCACAAACUACGCACCCUCAGAUGAUGAACCAAUUGUUGUACCCAAGAGCGGCAGGUCCACGAGGGUGCCAGUGUCCAGUGUUUUGAUUUGAGGAGAUAGAAGGGGCGUUGGAGGCUCCUGUGGAAGAUGCUGCGCCCUGAUUGGUCCCUGUUUGUGACUAUUCGCGCAGCAGUGUUUUUACGACUAGGGUCUUUGAUUGGACAAUGCCCUAUACAGAGACUUUUAUUUAUUAUUUGUAACAUUUGAUGUGAUAUGGUUUUUAAUACCUUUAUCUGCUGAGGAACAUGGCAGAGUCAUAGCUGCCAAACCUUCCGCUCAUAAUUUCCUGGUGUUUUUGUAGUCAACAACAAGAUAUUCCACUUCUGAUUGGCGUCACAUGUUGGCAUGACAACAUGAGACAUAGUGACUUAUGAGAGAUGUAUGCAGACUAGUAAACAGGAAGUCAAAGAGCCACAUCAGUGGAAGGUUAACCUCUGUGGCUGGAAGAGGUGACCGGAUAGAAGAAAGAGGGAACUUCAGAGGAGAAACAACUUCUUUACCUGAGGGAAAGAAGGAAGCAGAAAAGCCUUUUUGCGUUCUGAUGUGUGCACCCCCGUUACAUGUCCUGUUGAAGCCAAUGUGUCACAGGGUCACAGAUAGGGGUGUCACUCUUAGACAGACACUCAUCCGUUACUCCACAGGGACCAUAUCUCGACGGUAGAGACCUCUGGAAAACCGCCAGGAUAUUUUUCACCCAGCGCUCUGAUUGAGUGGUAACCACUACAUCCCUACUACUGCUGCUGUGCUUAUUGCUUGGGUCUGAAACACAGCGCUCCGAUUGGCCACGGAAUAACUACGGCCGGCCCARUUCAAAGCCAUUCCAACCAGUGCUAUCAUCCUCCCGUCAACAAACGAAGACUGUAAAUAUGAUGCUUGUCCGUUCAGUGUAACCACACACUACUCACUACAUACAGUAUCAGACUGAAAAAAAGGGAGUUGGCAGGCACAGGCCAGUGGUACCCGCAUUGGACUCCAAACCCACCGAUCGGUUGUGGGAUGUUGCAUUUUUAACAGAUUAAGCCUAAUCAUGCUUGUUCUAUUUUUAGACCCGUUUGGUAUAUUAUUAUAAUAACACUAGAUUUGUCCCUCAGCGACCUAGAACGUGGUGGAGGGACAAAUGUAUGUUCCAGACAGGUCCAGAAGGUAAUCUAUGGUUUUUUUGACCUUUUUUUAAUUUUAUUUAUUUUUAUUAGCAAUUACUGGUGUUUUUAUGGAAGGAUCUUGGAGGUCAGGUGUACUUUGGGUUUUUGUGGCCUCAUAUAGAGGCACUGAUGUCACAACGACCAGGAGAUCAAAUCAGGUCUAUUACAGAGUACAUUUCUUAGUUGUCUGAGGAAAAUGAAUAUCCCUUUUUAAUGAAGGCGAUUGUUACGUUAUAAAAAUAAAAAAGGGUUAUUUUGGAAAGUGAAGCCUUAAAAUAAUUAGUUAAAGUUGCUAGUUUUUAACCUGAAUUUCAUUUGAUGUAACCUUUCGUUAAAACAUUAAACGAUGAGAAUGGACCGUU